AUCUGCUACUUAUGUUCCACAAACAUCCACAGCAACCCUAAUUGCUAAUACCAGUAGUAGUAAUAGUGCUCAGAGCACGAUUCUGACCAACAGCAGUUAUUAUACUAGUAGUGGUAACAGUGUUAAUAUCAAUAACAACAACAAUAGUAAAGUAAAUAACAAAAAUACACCACUUGUCAAGUCACUCUCACUGCAAUCGGUUUCGUCGAUUGGUGCCGGCCUAAACCAUCUGGCAAACGGUCAAAUGCACUCGGACAACGACCUUAGCAUCAAGUCCGAGCCGCCCCUCAGCGAUAAAGAAGAUCAAACGUCAAACGAAGCUAACAGUAACGCCCUACUAACCUCGCCAACUACCAGCACGUCUAGUUCGCAGUCCCAGGUGCUUGUAUCCGCUGCGUCCACAACCCAAUCGGUUCCGGUUCCCAUCACAAGUGCAAUGCUACAAUCCUACUCCACAGCUGCCCACAUUAACAGCUAUAACACCGCCGCUGGCAUCGCUAGCAUCCAAGCUCAGGCACAGUCUUACGCUGCUGCUCAGGCAGCUGCCGUAGCACAGGCCAAUCAAGUCGCCGCCGCUUCCGCACAAUACACUGCGCACUACACAGACGCAGCCAAUCUUGCCAAGGAGGUUGCCCAGAAGAACUACGCAAAUGCACUCAAAAUGGCUGCCGCUUCGAAUGCGCUUACCGGGAAACCACUUACCGCUCUCAGCUAUACGGGCGUUGCUUUGAACAAGACCGGUGUCUUGCCACCCACGCCGUCAUAUGCAGCUGCUAUUGCCGCCAAUGCCGUGGCAACUCCAGCCGUAGCUCCCUCAUAUCCGCCGCCUCGCAUCAGCACUCCUGCCGUAGCCAUGGCGGCGGCCACUCCUCAGCAGACCAUGCUGCCGGCCAUUACGCGUCCGCCGCCACCUAUUUUGCCACAAGCAGCCUUCGCGCAAAUGUUACGUCCUCAAAUGCCGACCAACUUUCAAAAUCCAUACGCAGCCGCGUUUGCCGCCCAACAACAAUUUCUUAACCCAAGCCUAAUGUACCCGUCCUUCCCGACCGGAGCCUACCAAUUCGGUGCUCCCAUGCAUGCUGCCAUGCCUGCGGCCAACCUGACGGCGAUACCGCAGGUCCAACAGGUGCCUACGCCCGGCGCCGCUCCCGGCAGUGCAGUCGUACUAAACCCCUACAAAAAGAUGAAGACUUCAUAAGUGCAAUCAGCCCCUCGUAGCAAACACAGACACUCAAAUUGCCAUGCGUAGAACAGCACUUACAUCUGCACCUCCCAAAUUUACACCGAUGCAUCCAUCUUGCACUAAUCGUUGCCAUGAUUCAGCAAACAAAUCGCAAUCGUUGAAUGCUGAAGACAAAAUGAAGAUAAAACAAUAAGAAAUUGAAGAUGAUAGUGCCUGAUAACACACAGAACAUUGAAAAUAAAAACUCACAAAAAGUUCACCAAGAAGAUGAAUAGGAAGAGAAACACCAUUUUAUCGGACAAAAGAUAUAUUUUUAAGCGAUAACAUCGUUUGAUAAAGGAUAGCACGUAAGAUCAACACAAACAUUGAAAAACACUUGAUAAUAUUGAGUGAUCUUGUCACUACGGUUAAGCAAACUAAGAAUAGCAUCAGUUUUAAUCUUGAUAGUCUAAUAAGUUAGUUAAUGAUAAGUGCAAUUCGUUUUUCUUUUCUUUUUUUAUGUCUUGUGUGCAAAACAACUACUCACAAAAGGUUCUCCGCGGAACCCUAAAAAAUGUACAGGUUCGUUUGUUUUUUUUCGUCUUUAUUUUCCUCUGUUAACACAAUUUGUUUACGUUAUUUAUACGGGUAGUUCGGUUUCGAAAAUCGGUACGAAAGAAAUGUCGAAAUGGAAACUUCUUGCGUAUAGGAUUGAAAAAUCAAAACAAUGGGACUGUGAUAGCUUCACAACAUACACAUAUAGCCGCGCAUGCGCGCACAUUCACACAUGCAUGCUGCAAUUCGAUCGCUUCAAAUCAUACGCACACAUACGGGAAAAAGUUCAUGAUCGACCGAGAAUAGGAGGUUUGCAUUUUGAGUUGAUUGGUUAGUGUUUAGUUUUUAGCUUUGUUUCGGAAUCCAGGUAGGGUUUGUUCGAUGAUGAGCAUAGUAAUGAAAAUCAAAUUUCGAACUAGUAGUCAUUUUAGUGAAACUGUUUUAGACGUGUUUUAAAAACAAACCUAGAAGUGCAUUUCAUCUUUUUGUUCAGGUUCGUUUUUAUUAUAUCAGUAGGAGUAUUGAAACAACAACACACUAAUUGUGUUUGUAUAUAUAUUUGAUAGGAUUUAAUAAAACAUUGUUGUGAUAAGUUUUUCAUGUAACUAGAUUUGUUCCUUAAACCUAUUUACUUGCUACUUUUGUAAACAGUUAUUUAUAAAAUAAGAUACGGUAGGACAAUGGUAUAGUAGGACGUAAGAUUUCAACAAAACUUUUACCAUUAAAAACAGACGAAUAAUAAUCAAAAGGUUGUGUAAAACAUGAAGAAGCUGUCGUUUUUGCUGUUGAACCAAAACUAUCUGGAAUAUUAUUGAUGGAGACGAUGGUUUUCAAGCUGACACGUUUCAAGCCUCGUGGAAGUUCGACUUACAGCACAUCAAUGCAUGUCUCAGAAUUAUGAAUAUUAAUACUAUUACCGCUACUAUUAUAACUGUAACUGCAGCUACUUAAUAUAUGGUGACCGAAUAAUUCGCAAACAAAAACAAUUUAACUUACAACAAAAAUGUUCAAUCAUGCAAAAUAUUUCACAAAACUGAGCAACGCUAUUACUACUACUACUAUUACUACUACAAUUACUACUACGAUAACUAUUGCUACUACAGCUAUUGAUACCGAAAAAAAAGUGUAUUGACAAUGUGUUACCUAUAAUGUGGGGAAAAUGUAUCGCUAGAGAUAUGACCGCUUGAGACAUGAAAUAAAAGUGACUAAAAUAGUUAUCUUCUCACCAGUAAUUAAAAAGAAACCUAAAAUACACACCCCUCUAUACUUGAAUUACCUAUAUUUGUACAUGUAUGAUAAAUAAAAAUGAAUCAAAAUAAUGUUUUUGCACGUAAUCAUUACACAACUGCGCCUACUUGGUUUUGCAAAUUUGCGAGAAGAUUUGAUUUUCAGUCGUAGCUUCAAACAGUCGAUAGAGUUUAGACCCAGUAACCAUCGCUAAAAGUAUUCUUGGUAGAAUCGCAUAAAAUUAUAGUGAGCGAGAGACACGAUAACUAGCACAAUCAUUGGAAGUAAAACCAACCAAGCAUCUAUUCGCAUUGAUAACGGUCAUAAAGUAAAAGCAAACCAGUAGCUAAUUACUCCUCCCCAUGAUUUGUAAAUUAUUGAUAGGUCAAAGGUAAACUGCAUGGAAUUGUAGGGGUUCAGGAAGGUGAAAAAAUGCUUAAACACACGGGAAACAGCCUCUGAACAAAUGUAGAUUGGUAGUGGAUUGUCGCAAAUCAUCUUGAACAUAUAUCAACCCGAAUAAUAUAUAUAAACAAAAAAAAAACAAAUACCGCAAAUUUUUAAUGCUAAGCGUUAGAUUGCUACUACUAAUUCUUUAUAAUUAACUCUAGAUUGUCCCACGCAAUGUGAACAAUACAAAUUUAUUAAACAGUAAAAAUGCUGAAUAUAAAUCAUCUAGUAUUUAAGAUUUGUUGCAUUUUUUGUUCAGUUUACAUAGUUUUGUUGUGCUACUUUUUGUGAAGAUUGCCGUAAAUUUGUUACUUUAUUGGAUAAUAGUUUCCCUUUAGUUGUACUUGAUUGUGAUUGAGAGCCGCACAUAGCUAUAUAAACCGUAAUUAAAUUCUUCCUUUGUUCCAUCGAUGAAACCAGUCAUUGAAAGUAACUCAAAUUCGCUUAUUUGAAGGUAUUUUUACUGUACUCUCUUAGUUGUGUAGAUCAUUUCUUUAGUUUUGCCUUUCAAACACGCCUGGAAUACAACUCGUAGUAUGAUUGUACGCCUGCAAGCUUUUUAUCGCCCCUCACGUUAAAUAUUCCUCACAUCACAUUACACGUUCAUAUCCAAUGCCAUCGCCACGCUCACCCUCACCAUCAUCAACAGCAGCACUAAAUUUGACAAGCAUUGCCAAACAAUUAUUAUUUUAAACGUCGAAAAAUAAUAGAUUCACAAGUAUCCAUACAAAAAAAACAAUUAUACCAAUUCAUGCUUCGUAUAAACGACACAUACUAACCCCCAUCACACGCCACUACUGUGAGUAACGAGGUUCCCGAACUAUGUUGAAUAUAUAUUUAUCGUGAGGUUGCUUCACAAACAAACCCAUCUUCAGGAUGCCACCCAAAUAGCUACUUAUGUUUAUAAUAUUUACCACAUAAUCUCAACAUGCAACAUUACGCAAAAAUGAAUGAGCUUGAAAAAUAUUUAUACGUUUCACAAAGAAUGGUUUAUGGUUUAUAAAAUGAAUUUCAACUGCUUUCUUUGUCGAAUAAAUGGGAUUUAUUUUUCGAAAUUAGAUUCGAUGUUUAUGUAUAGAAGAAUUAUCGCUUCCUUUCCUUCAUGUGUAAGUUGAUACUCAUUUGUCGGCAUACAAAAAAAAUGCAUUGUUUAUGGUCAAGUCAACAACACACAUCUUACAAUACUAUUAAACUUUAUUUUAUUAUCCUGCAAACUCUAUCUGCUCUUUUCCCUGUUUUCUCGGCGCACAAUUUCUUACCAAAGCGUACAGAUACUAACACAGAAUCCGGAAACGUCUAAUCAAAAAUAUCCCUUCACACAAAUCUACUCUGCCUCUGGAACAUAAUCCCCUUUCCCUGAAUGCAAGGAAAACCUGCUUGACACUUUUUAUCUCACACAUAUACUUACAUCAAUGACCCAUUUUUGAAUAAUAUACACAGCAACAAUGCUUCUCCGCUAUCAAUGCCACUCUCACACAAAUUGAAUCACCAGUUUUUGACAUUACGAUUGUUUAUCUAAAAUUGUGCCAUGAUGGUGCCAUUCCUGCUGACGCCCCCUUCUAUAUCUACAGUUCUGUCAUUCCGCUAUCGCUUUCUCCUGUUUCGAUUUUCCUUAGGUGAUGCUGUUUGUUAAGUUGUUUAGACUAGGAUUAUUUGAACAAUAGACAGUUGGAAACCGACACAGAAGAUUGUUUUCUUUAAUCUGUUCACAAUGCACACAAAUUAUUACACGGGAAGCCUGAUCUACUUAGUUUGAUAAUGUUCUUCAUUCCAGAUUGCCGCAAAGUUUGUUUAUGAUUUAUCUAAAAAAAAAGUUGUUACUCAUUUUUUAGUAAAUAACGGCAUCUAAGUAAUCUGGGUACAAAGGAGUGCGAGAGAACACAAAAGUGGUCUUUUUACACUUAAAACCGCAUUAUGCCACGUGCAAAAAAUGCCCAAAGGAGAGUUUAGUUAACCCAAAGUUGACUUUAUUUAUCUCAAAAUUGAGAACACAUGAAAUUACUCAAAUUUGGGUUAUU